AUGGAUGUUCUUUGUUUAUUUUUUAUUAGUUUUAAGCUUCUGCUCUUUUUCUCUGGAUUAUGUUAUGCAACAACUGACACCAUUAGUUCAUCCCAGUCUCUUAGUGAGGGCAGGACUUUAGUUUCAAAAGAUCAAACAUUUGAGCUUGGUUUCUUCAGUCCUGGUAGUUCUAAGAAUCGGUACUUGGGAAUUUGGUACAAGAAGAUCCCAGUUCAAACAGUUGUCUGGGUUGCAAAUAGACUCAAUCCGAUCAAUGAUUCUUCCGGAAUGUUGAUGAUAAACAGAACCGGCAAUCUUGUUCUGAUGAGCCAGAGCACAAGUAUAGUUUGGUCAGCCAACUUGACAAAAGUAUCGAGUUCAGCAGUGGUUCAGCUCCUGGAUUCAGGAAAUCUUGUUCUAAGAGAUGAACAAGAUGGUAAUUUAGGAACUUAUUUGUGGCAAAGCUUUGACUAUCCUUCUGAUACAUUGAUAGCAGAAAUGAAGCUAGAAUGGGACCUAAAAACUGGUUUUGAACGGCGUAUAUCAGCCUGGAGGAGCCCGGAUGACCCAUCUCCAGGAGACUUUACUUGGGGAAUUGAACUACAAGAAAAUCCUGAAAUAAUUAUGAGGAAGGGUUCAACAAAAUUUUAUAGGAGCGGUCCAUGGAAUGGCCUUGGGUUCAGUGGAGCGCCAGAGUUAAGGCCUAAUCCAAUUUUUAAGUACAAAUUUGUGUCUAAUGAGGAGGAGGUUUACUACAUGUUCAAUGCAACAAAAAAAUCAGCGAUCUCAAGAAUUGUUAUGAAUGAAACCAGUAAUGCUCGUGAACGAUUCGUAUGGAAUGAAGAAAAUCAAAGUUGGAAACUGUAUGCAUCGGUGCCUAGAGAUCGCUGUGACAAUUAUGAUCUUUGUGGCUCUUAUGGGAUUUGUAUUCUUAGUGCAUCACCAAUUUGCCAAUGUUUAGAAGGAUUCAAGUCAAAAUCAUUGGACAGCAUGGACUGGUCUCAAGGAUGCAUACGCAAUAAGCCACUAAACUACUCUAAGGUAGAUGGUUUUAUCAAGUUUGAUGGAUUGAAAGUGCCAGAUGCUACACAUUCUUCAGUGAACAGAAGUAUGAAUCUCAAGGAAUGCAGGGAGAAAUGCUUAGAAAACUCUUCUUGUAUGGCAUACACUAACUCAGAUAUUAGUGGAGGAGGCAGUGGCUGCACUAUGUGGUUUGGUGAUCUGAUGGACAUGAAACAGUUUCCAGCUGGUGGACAGGACUUAUAUAUCCGAAUGUCUGCUUCAGAAAAAGGGGCGAAUGAUGAGCAUAAGAAUAUACAGAUAAUAGUUUUUACUACCAUUGCUGCGGUUGCUGUGGUUGCUGUGCUUUCGCUUAUCGUUGGCUUUAUCUUGUCUAUUUUACUCCUUAAUAAGUGA